GGCCUUUUCCAUGACAUGUGUUGGAACACAGGUGUUUUGGGGAACGAGUUUAGUAUAUUAAGAUCACCAGGGUCUGUUGUUUUCCGCGAUGGAAAUUGGCCUAUACCAGGAGAGCGAAUCCCAGAUGUGGCUGCAUUAUCCAUGGGCUUCUCUGUGAAAGAAGACCUUUCUUGGCCGGGACUUGCCGUGGGUAACCUAUUCCAUCGUCCUCAAGCUACCGUUAUGGUGAUGGUGAAGGGAGUGGACAAACUCGCUCUACCCCCAGGCAGUGUCAUUUCCUACCCUUUGGAGAAUGCAGUUCCUUUUAAUCUUGACAGUGUUGCAAAUUCCAUUCACUCCUUAUUUUCUGAAGAAACUCCUGUAGUUUUGCAGUUGGCUCCCAGCGAGGAAAGAGUGUAUAUGGUGGGGAAGGCAAACUCAGUUUUUGAAGAUCUUUCCGUAACGUUACGACAGCUCCGCAAUCGCCUGUAUCAAGAAAACUCUGUUCUCAAUUCACUUCCCCUCAACUCUCUGAGUAGGAGCAAUGAAGUCGAUCUGCUCUUUCUUUCUGAACUGCAAGUUCUACAUGAUAUUUCAAGUUUGUUGUCUCGACAUAAGCAUCUAGCCAAGGAUCAUUCUCCUGAUUUAUAUUCACUGGAGCUGGCAGGUUUGGAUGAAAUUGGGAAACAUUACGGAGAAGAUUCUGAACAGUUCAGAGAUGCUUCUAAGAUCCUUGUUGAUGCUCUACAAAAGUUUGCAGAUGACAUGUAUAGUCUUUAUGGUGGGAAUGCAGUGGUAGAGCUAGUGACUGUCCGAUCAUUCGACACAUCCCUUGUGAGGAAGACAAGGACAAUCCUUGAGGCAGAACAAGAGAAGAACCCAUCAAGUCCCUAUAAUCUUGCAUAUAAGUAUAAUUUCGAAUAUUCAGUGGUUUUCAACAUGGUACUUUGGAUAAUGAUCGCCUUGGCCUUGGCUGUGAUUAUCACCUCUUACAAUAUUUGGAACAUGGAUCCUGGAUAUGAUAGCAUCAUUUAUAGGAUGACAAACCAGAAGAUUCGAAUGGAUUGAACUUUCCUUAAGCCAAACUUAGAAAAGGGGUUUGGAAAUUGGUUGUUUUGUGAAAAUAAGUCUUUUAGUGUAGUUUAAAGUGGACAGUUUAAAUUUUUAAAAAAGCAAAUUUCGUUCUCUAUUUUGUGUGUGCCUGUGAAGUUUAGAAUGAAUUAUAGUAUUGAUGUGAAUUGAUUUGUGUAAUAGAUUCUAUAAUGUGCUCAAUUAUGAUAUAGCCAUUAAUUAUAAUUUCAUUCCAUUUAGUAUUUGAAAAUAAUGCACUGAAAUAAAUGUAAAACAUUUAGACUAGCUUGUGUUAUUUAUGUUGACAAAAUGCACUGAAUUUAUUAGAUUAUGAGUGCUUAACUUCCUUAUACAGGAUAGGUGAAAAUGAUAUAUGGGUUGUUAUAUACUAUUGUAAAUGUCUUAAUUUGAUGUAAAUAUCUCUGAAACAGGAGAAAAAGUUUUUAACUUUAGAGCAGCCCUGAACUAUGCAUGUGCAUAUAGUGUCACUUGGAUUUGAAACUGCACCUGAUUUUUUAACCGCUUUUGAAAGUUUGGUUAUCCAGAUGGUCUAAUGUGGAUAUUAAGAAGAACAUUGAUUUAAGAAGAAACUAGCUUUGUAGAGUUAUAAAUGCUCAUAAUUAUACGGACAAAAACAAAUAUUUGGGGGAUAUCUUGGGGCAUGAAUAUAAAAGUCUAUUUCAGUAACUUUUCCCUCUGUGUAAGUUACUAUGGUUUGUGGUACAACGUCGUUAUAAAACAUUAAGUGUAAGUAGAUGCUCCCUACAUUUUAUGUGGAAGUGGACCAAUGUCUAUAAAGAGUGACAAAUAAAGUUCAUGAUUCAAAAUUUG